UCCACCUCUCUGGAGCCGCGGUCGGAGCCAUUUCGCCGCUGCUUCCAUGCGGGGUGGUGGUGGUGCGUCUGUCUCUCGUCUUUGUUGAAGAUCGGAGCUGCGAGCUGCGCUUUUAAAGAAAGGGCAGUGCUCUCGAGCACGCAGAAGCGGAGGCCGGUCUGAAGAAGGCACGUGAACCAUGGGUGACAUUAAGAAUUUUCUUUAUGCCUGGUGUGGCAAAAGGAAGAUGACCCCAUCUUACGAGAUUAGAGCAGUAGGAAACAAAAACAGACAGAAAUUCUUGUGUGAGGUUCGAGUAGAGGGAUUUAAUUAUGCUGGCAUGGGGAAUUCCACCAAUAAAAAAGAUGCACAGAGCAAUGCUGCCAGAGACUUUGUUAACUAUCUGGUUCGAAUAAAUGAAGUAAAGAGUGAAGAAGUCCCUGCUGUUGGGGUUGUACCUACUGCGACCCCAACUACUGAAACAUCUGAUACCACAGCGACUACUGGAGAAGGUUUACCAUCAUCUAUGGGAGGACCACUUCCUCCCCAUCUUGCUAUUAAGGCAGCAGAGAAUAAUUCUGGAGAUGAGUCACUUGACUUUGAUUCUUCUGGAAACGCUUGGGACCGAGGAGCAAACUUAAAGGAUUACUACACAAGAAAGGAGGAGCAAGAAGUACAAGCGACUUUAGAGUCAGAAGAAGUGGAUUUAAAUGCUGGGCUUCAUGGGAACUGGACAUUGGAAAAUGCUAAGGCUCGUCUGAACCAGUAUUUCCAAAAAGAAAAGAUCCAAGGAGAAUAUAAGUACACCCAAGUGGGUCCUGAUCACAACAGGAGCUUUAUUGCAGAAAUGACCAUUUAUAUCAAGCAGCUGGGCAGAAGAAUUUUUGCUCGUGAACAUGGAUCCAAUAAGAAGUUGGCAGCACAAUCCUGUGCUCUUUCGCUUGUUAGGCAACUGUAUCAUCUUGGAGUGAUUGAAGCUUACUCUGGACUUACAAAAAAGAAAGAAGGAGAGAGAGUAGAACCUUAUAAAGUUUUCCUCUCUCAAGAUUUAGAACUCCAGCUGCAAAAUGUGGUUCAAGAGCUGGAUCUUGAAAUUGUACCCCCACCUGUUGAUCCUUCUGUACCUGUUGUACUGAACAUUGGAAAACUUGCUCAUUUUGAGCCAUCUCAGAGGCAGAAUGCAGUAGGAGUGGUUCCCUGGUCACCUCCACAAUCCAACUGGAAUCCUUGGACUAGUAGCAACAUUGAUGAAGGGCCCCUGGCCUAUGCUACCACAGAACAAAUAAGCAUGGAUCUGAAGAAUGAAUUAACGUAUCAACUGGAACAGGAUCAUAAUUUGCAAAGUGUCUUACAAGAGAGAGAGUUACUACCUGUGAAGAAGUUUGAAACUGAAAUCCUGGAAGCAAUAAGUCAAAAUUCAGUUGUCAUUAUACGAGGGGCUACUGGAUGUGGUAAGACCACACAGGUUCCUCAGUACAUUCUGGAUGACUUUAUCCAGAACAACAGAGCAGCAGAAUGCAAUAUUGUUGUAACUCAGCCUAGAAGAAUCAGUGCUGUUGCAGUGGCAGAGCGAGUUGCUUAUGAGAGGGGUGAAGAGCCUGGAAAAAGCUGUGGCUACAGUGUUCGAUUUGAGUCUAUUCUUCCCCGCCCCCAUGCCAGUAUCAUGUUUUGCACUGUAGGUGUACUACUAAGAAAAUUAGAAGCAGGCAUUCGAGGAAUCAGUCACGUAAUUGUGGAUGAAAUACAUGAAAGAGAUAUUAAUACUGACUUUCUUUUGGUGGUACUCCGUGACGUCGUUCUGGCUUAUCCUGAAGUUCGCAUUGUUCUUAUGUCUGCUACUAUUGACACCAGCAUGUUCUGUGAAUAUUUCUUCAAUUGCCCUAUCAUUGAAGUUUAUGGAAGGACAUUUCCUGUACAAGAAUAUUUUCUGGAAGACUGCAUUCAGAUGACUCAAUUUGUUCCACCACCAAAGGACAAGAAAAAGAAAGACAGAGAAGACGAUGGUGGUGAGGAUGAUGAUGCAAAUUGUAACCUGAUCUGUAGUGAUGACUAUGGUCCAGAAACAAAAUUGAGCAUGUCUCAGUUGAAUGAAAAGGAGACUCCUUUUGAACUCAUUGAAGCUCUGCUUAAGUACAUUGAAACCCUUAAUGUUCCUGGAGCUGUAUUGGUAUUUUUACCUGGCUGGAAUUUGAUUUAUACCAUGCAGAAACACUUGGAAAUGAACCCACAUUUUGGAAGCCACAGAUACCAGAUUCUACCUCUGCAUUCUCAGAUCCCUCGAGAAGAACAGCGCAAAGUGUUUGAUCCAGUACCAGAUGGAGUAACUAAGGUCAUUUUGUCCACAAACAUUGCUGAGACAAGCAUUACCAUAAAUGAUGUCGUUUAUGUCAUUGACUCUUGCAAGCAAAAAGUGAAACUGUUCACUGCUCAUAACAACAUGACCAACUAUGCUACAGUAUGGGCUUCCAAAACAAAUCUUGAGCAGCGGAAAGGACGAGCUGGUCGUGUACGACCUGGCUUUUGCUUUCAUCUUUGUAGCCGUGCUCGUUUUGACAGACUUGAAACUCACAUGACACCAGAGAUGUUCCGAACACCAUUGCAUGAAAUCGCUCUGUCCAUAAAACUUCUGCGCCUUGGGGGUAUUGGUCAGUUUCUUGCCAAGGCAAUUGAACCUCCUCCUUUGGAUGCUGUGAUUGAAGCAGAACAUACUCUUCGAGAGCUUGAUGCAUUGGAUGCCAAUGAUGAACUGACACCUCUGGGACGAAUCCUGGCCAAACUCCCCAUUGAGCCUCGUUUUGGCAAAAUGAUGAUAAUGGGGUGCAUUUUUUAUGUGGGUGAUGCGGUCUGCACUAUUUCUGCUGCUACCUGCUUUCCAGAGCCCUUCAUCAGUGAGGGAAAGCGGCUGGGCUACAUACAUCGGAAUUUUGCUGGAAACAGAUUUUCUGAUCAUGUUGCUCUUCUAUCAGUUUUCCAAGCCUGGGAUGAUGCUAGAAUGAGUGGAGAAGAGGCUGAGAUACGUUUUUGUGAUCAAAAACGACUUAAUAUGGCUACACUAAGAAUGACUUGGGAGGCCAAAGUUCAACUUAAAGAGAUUCUGAUUAAUUCUGGCUUUCCAGAAGAUUGUUUGUUGACACAAGUGUUUUCUAACACUGGACCAGAUAAUAAUUUGGAUGUUGUUAUCUCUCUACUGGCCUUUGGUGUUUAUCCCAAUGUAUGCUAUCAUAAAGAAAAGAGAAAGAUCCUUACCACUGAAGGGCGGAAUGCCCUUAUCCACAAAUCAUCUGUGAACUGUCCUUUUAGCAGCCAAGACAUGAAGUACCCAUCUCCUUUCUUUGUUUUUGGUGAAAAGAUUCGAACCCGAGCCAUCUCUGCUAAAGGCAUGACCUUAGUCACUCCCUUGCAGUUGCUUCUCUUCGCCUCCAAGAAAGUCCAAUCUGAUGGACAGAUUGUGUGUAUAGAUGACUGGAUCAGACUGCAAAUAUCCCAUGAAGCUGCUGCAUGCAUCACUGCUCUUCGGGCAGCCAUGGAAGCUCUGGUUGUAGAAGUAUCCAAACAACCUAAUAUCAUCAGCCAGUUGGAUCCUGUGAAUGAACAUAUGUUGAAUACAAUCCGCCAAAUCUCUAGGCCCUCUGCUUCUGGUAUAAAUCUUAUGAUUGGAAAUGUACGGUAUGGUGAUGGUCCCCGUCCUCCCAAGAUGGCCCGAUACGAUAACGGAAGUGGAUAUAGAAGAGGGGGAGGGUUUGGCGGGGGAUAUGGCAGUGGAGGCUAUGGUGGAGGAUACAAUAGUGGAGGAUAUGGUGGUGGGGGCUUUGGAGGAGGCUUUGGAAGUGGUGGCGGCGGUGGAGGCUUUGGAGGAGGCUUCGGCAGUGGUGGUGGUGGAGGGAACUUCGGGAGUGGUGGAGGAGGUUUCGGGAGUGGUGGGGGUGGCUUUGGUGGUGGAGGAGGAGGCUUCGGUGGAAACAGAGGCGGCUUUGGAGGGGGUGGAGGCUUUGGAAGUGGUGGGGGUGGAUAUGGAGGAGGUGGAGGAGGCUAUGGAGGUAAUGGUGGCUAUGGAGGUGGUAGUGGUGGCUAUGGAGGCGGUGAAGGCUAUAGUAUUAGCCCUAACUCUUACCGAGGAAGUUACGGUGGAGGGGGAGGUAGUGGUGGAGGCUUUAGAGGAGGCUCCCAAGGGGGCUACCGAGGUGGCUUUGGUGGAGAAUAUAGAGGAUCCAGUGGAGAUUACCGGGGAUCUGGAGGGGGCUUCAGAGGAUCUGGGGGGUUCCAGCGAGGGGGGGGCAGGGGUGGCUUUGGUGGGGGCUACUUUGGGCAGGGAAGAGGAGGAGGGGGUGGUUAUUAAAAACUUAGUUGUCAGUGCCUCUGCAUAGACAGUUUUAAAGAGCAUGCUUAUGUGUUUUUCCAAGAUGUUUAUUUUCACCAAAAAUGUAAGCCCAUUUUUCCACGUAAUCUGUAGUUUGUUGUAGUUCCAGGAAACGAAUAUGUUAGUGAUUUUGUUUAUAUUAUGUAAAAUAUGAUCUAUUAUACAAGUACCAUACCACAGUUUGUACCUUUUCUUUAAGGAGUAAAGUUUUGCCUUUUAAAUUAA